UUUGAAUGCUCUAGUAAGUUGGCCAUUACUUGUGAAUCGUCGAUUUUAGUGGAAAUCAAUACCAUUGAUCAUGGUUUCUGAAGGUGAGUGACCGAGUGAAGAAUGGGGGUAGAAACUCUGCAAAAAUUGGCACCUUUCAUCAAAGAAGCCUUUCUUCAAUCCUUUCGGGUUGGCAAAUUCUUCUGCGCCCUUCACAUCACCAACACCUAUGUCUGCACAUUCGCUCUGACCAGAGGGCCCAGUAUGCUGCCGACGUUCAAUUUGACCGGCGACUUUGUCUUGGCCGAAAGGUUGUCAACCCGGUUCGGAAAAAUAGUCCCUGGAGAUGUGGUCCUUGCUCGGAGCCCCAAAAACCCGAGGAAAAUCAUCAAUAAGAGGGUGGUGGGAGUGGCUGGGGAUACUGUUAAAUUUCUUGCAGACCCGAGGAAUAGCGAGAGAGAAGAAACUGUUGUGGUACCUAAAGGGCAUGUUUGGAUAGAAGGAGAUUUCAAGUAUAAUACCAACGAUUCAAGGGAGUUCGGGCCUAUUCCUUAUGGGCUUAUUGAGGGCAGAAUCAUAUGGAUUGUGUGGCCUCCCGAAGAUUUUGGAUCUGUGGGAAGAAUAGUCAAGUAACUUGGCUCCAGAGGGUCGUCCAUGUUUUCUCAUCAAACAUUGUUUGACGCAUCAGAGUCGUAUUUGUGCUCCUUUGCAUUUGUAAAGAUUGAUUGUUUUGCAAAAUUUCCAGAAUGGUUGUUGAGGAGAGCUGCAUAGCCAAGACCUUUCAAUUAAGGGAAAGCAACACAUUUUUAGGGCUUCGAAAUUUGAAAAAGAAAACACAGGGUUUUUAAGUUUGGGAAGCUGCCUGCAUCAGGAUGGUCUUUCAUAUUUCCCUUUUUAGAGUAAUAAUUCCCAAGAAAAUGCAGGUUUAGCUUUCUUGGGAGAAAGAAUCCUUUUCACCCCUAAAGAGUAGAGUGUCCAUGUUUUCAUGGACAGGAGUGUCCUUGCAUUUUUUCAAAGUUCUGACUUUCUUUUAGUCUAAUAUGCGGUUGAAGGUGUUGUAUUCACAUUGAAUUGAAUAUAUCUUCAAUUUUUUACUUUGUUACUUUUGAAGUUUUGAGUUAUUGUACAGACUUUGGUCUGCAGAUAAAAAUACUCUCAUAGGAUUGGAGCACUAUUGUCUUCACGUCAUCAAACGGAUGACUUUGGUUAUGCAAAGAAGGCUAGGAAGCUAGAGACAUUAAUUAUAUUGAUUAAUUUUUUAAGGGUAGAAAUGUAAUGUUUAAUCCUACUUAGAAAAAAAACAAUAUAUUUUGCCCUAUUUUUGAAAGAUAGCAAUGUUUU